AUGUAUGAUGACUGGGCGUAUAGAACAGAGACUAGAGCUCAACCAGAGAGCAAGGUCGUAAGGUCGGAUGCGGGUUCAUCAGUGACCCCACUAACUUCGAGUUCAAGUUCGUUAAAAGUAGGAACCGGUAACCGUCCUCGAGCUAGAUCUCUGUUACAAUCCGUUGCACAUGAGGGAGAUGACCGCAAGAAUCACAGACAAAAAGAAAAUGGAAUGGUCAAUGGCAUUGGUCACGACAAAGGCAUGGUUCCCAGUCGAGCGUCUGUAAAGCCAAGGCGAGCCCAAUCUCAAAUUCGAACCUCGAAACAAACGACGUUACAGUCGCGGUCAAUUCAAAGGCUCAACAAAAAUAAAGCAUACACAGUUUCAACGCCAGAUUCAGGAAAUCAUUCUCAUUUAUAUCUUGAUUAUCCGUUCACCGAAUUUGAAUUGUUGCAUAUAGAUAACCUCUCACAUUUCCUCGACUCCGAUGUUGAUCAGUAUGAGUUUGAGGUCAAAGAAGCUGUCGAUAAUUAUAUAAACUCAUCAUUCGACUGGAGAGGAAUUGAUUCCCAAUUUCCCAGCUCAACCUACAGCGAUGAACUAGAUUCUGCGAAUCUCCAGUCUUUUUUGUCGUUUUCUCAAUCGUCAUCCUUGCAUUCAGAUUCUUGUAGCCAUCUUAUAGAUAGCUGCGAUUCUGUCAUUUCUUACCUCGAUGAAUUGUCAAGAGGUUUUCGUCAAGUUAGGCUCGAAACUACUGAGUUUGAAGCAGCUUGUCAUUCACUCGUUGCCGAAGAAACUCAUUUGGUGAAUUUGUCACAUGAUGUUGAAGCCAAUUUAGAAAUAUUCACCACUCUCGAAAAGGCCAUGAGAAAAUUGCAUUCCCCAGGUUCUGAUUUACCUGGAAGAGCUUCGUUCAAGCCACUAUUAUUAGAUUUAGACAAAGGGCUCGAAUAUUUUGCCAAACAUCCCAAUAUUCUUGAUGCUGAUUUAUAUCAGAUGAGGUACCGCCAAUGUAUGACCAGAGCACUCACUUUGGCUGUGGAAUAUGUCAACAAUCGUCUAAAUAACACUGCUCGCAAUAUCGAAUCAAAAAUAUCCAGCAACAAAAAUCUUAAUCCAGCAGCUCAUGCUGCAUUGAUCUAUGCUACAUUUGAGUCGGACGCUUCACACCUGAAAGACGUGGCUAAUGAGGUAUUUAUUCGCAGCCAUAACAACAAAGAAUAUAGUGCUUUGUAUGAUGGUUGCUUAUACACUUAUUUUGGAAUCCGUAAGAAACUUCUGACACCAAUAAUCAAUAAAAAUCUCGAGGAGUCGUCGGGUACACAACCUGGCACCUCUUCUUUUGUGCAAAUAAGUCUUUCGAGCUUGUCGUUUUUCCAGGAGGAUAUCUAUACUCAGGAGGUCCAUUUAUUUGAUGCAUUUUUCACUUGUUCUUUAGAUGUUUUCGAAAACUGGCUGAUCGAUUUAAGUGAGCCUUUGUACGACAACUUACGGAAGCGAAUCAUCCGGGAACAUAAUAUUGAUAACUUGUGCGAGCUUACAUCACGGCUAUUGAGCUAUAAGGAAGAAGAUGAACAGCACAUGGAGCAGUCUGCUUUAUUUGCCGCUACAACUGGUGGAACCGAAGUCAAGCAUCAAGUACGUACUUCGCAUCUUUUUCAACCAGUAUUGGAGGAUGUACAGUCUAGACUUGUUUUCAGAGUCCAGACAUCAGUCGAGCAAGACAUUGUCAAGUAUCUUCCCAAGUCCAGUGAUAUUACAACACUAGGUGGUCGCAGGAAACAGUCCGCGACACCAGCAACUACUGAAAUUGUAGCUGAUACAACGGCCACAACAGUAGGCAAUCCCGAGACGGUCCCCACUCCUCCGACAUUGUCCAAAGAAAAAGAGCCUAGAUUUGAUACUGAUCAGAUUCUUCAUGAUUUAUACCCCCCGAUGAGAACAGCAGUAUCUCUUCUUGCUCGUAUAUACCAAUUGGUUAACUCACGCGUGUUUGACGAUUUAGCUCACAACAUUGUUCAUGAGAGUUUAUUGUCAAUCAAGAGAUCGCUACCACUUGCGGUUGCAAGGUUGGGUCUUAUUGAAUCGAACCUUUUUCUUGUCAAGAACUUAUUGAUGCUGCGAUCUCAAGUCAUAGAGUAUGAGAUUGACAAUGUUCCUGCUGAGAUUGGCGUUGAUUUCAGCGGAUUACAAGAAGUAUUUUGGACUAUUCGCCAAGAAGGUAUUACAUUUUCCUCUGAAAAUCUUCUCAAUCUGGCUCGGUCCAGUGUACCCAAAGUUGUGAAUAAUAUGUUGGAUGCUAAAGAUGAGCUAUAUGCGGAGCUUCGCAAUGCCAUUCACGAUCUGACUCAGAACUCGGUAACUACUGUUGCUCAAGCAAUUAUAAACCAAGAUGAUCCAGGCACUGCAUUGGAAGACAGUCGCAAGUUGAGGCAAGAUGCUGCAGUAGAACUUCCUCGCAUACGUGGUUUGAUAGAAAGCUAUAUUGUUGACCAACGAACUGUUGACGUACUUAUGGAUUCGAUUCAAGACCUUGUUAUCCAAACAUAUGAAGCGUACCACAAGGUAAUUUUGUCGAAGACAAAGAAUCCUGAAGAGAUAGAUGGACUGAUGGAGGUGGAUGGCCUUGUGUCCUGGCUAGGUGAUAUUAUAGGCAGGCUACACGCGAACACCAUAGCUAAUCACAAUUCUUCGGUGGAUACAAAUUCUGUUAUUAGUAGAUAA